AUGGCUCCGCUCGUGCGCAUCAUUGCCACUUUGUGGUUAUUGCUACAGCUAGCUGCGGCUAUACCCGAUUCCAACGAAUUGAUCCGUGUUCCGCGUGAGGUCUGGGAACCAGAACAUUUAGCUAAAAGAGACGAUGACCCAAAGAGUUUGGUUAACCUGUCCGAGAGCGAAAAGUUUGUCUGGGCUUCAACUGAUAAACCCAACUCCAAAGCCAUUGUUAUCAGCAUGGUGGCCUGGUCCAAACAGAAUGAACGUAUUCUUGAUAUGGAUAAGUUCUCCUUUGCUCUCCAGUCAGCCAACUGCAAACCGGAACAAGCAUCGCUGAAAUUCAAAAAUCCGCUGGUCUAUGCUGCUGCCAAAAUUGUUUGGAACUGGGUCAAUUUCAAUGACCUGCGAUCUUUCGUAUUAGUCCCCGACUGGAGGGGUUGCGGCAAAGACAAAUCGUAUGAUCCCUUGGUGGUCAGCAAGGUUACAUUUGACGAUAAAUCCCUGUCAGUCAAACUCGUUGCAGUCAAGAGCACCUGGAAAAAGGUUAUGAAUACCUGGGUCUUGGAUUUUGGUGAAAUUAUUCUUGGAGGAAAAGGUAAACGUGAUAUCAUACCUGAUCUCGAUAAGAAAUUCCGCCUUAAUGUCGAUGCCACAUUGCCCACGAAGAUCUUCGAAUGGAAGAGGAACAAGGGAGUUCUUAAUGCCACGCUUACUGCCAACUGCAAUGACUGCGGAGUACAAGGAACUCUGAUUUUUGCCGGCCACGUUGAAGCAAGUCUUGGCUUGGGUGGAGUUGAUAUCGACAAGUUUGAGAUAUCUGUGAGACCCGAGAGACUUCAAGCUGGUGUCAAUCUUGGUCUCGACUUUGUUGGCCAUGUUGAUUGGAGAGGACUGACAGGCAAAGCCCCAGAGGCGGAGAUCACCCUGCUAGAGAUUCCGGUGUCAGGAUGGAAUAUACCUGGCAUCUUUGAAUUUGGCCCACGGAUUCAGUUAAAUGCUGGUUACGGUAUUGAUUAUAUUGGUGGCCAGGCCUCGGCCUCUGCAGGCAUAGUCGCCAGGAUCCCAGAUUCCUCUAUUGCAAAGGUGGAUCUUCUAGCCAAAGAUAAGGUUCAGAUUUCUGGGUGGACUCCAACCAUUGAAACCCAGCCGUUGGAAAUCCAGGCACAGAUCGAUGCCCAGGCACGAUUAUACACGGAAAUUGCCUUGUCUGUGAGCUUGACGGUUCUUGAUGACAAUGGCUUCGGUGUUGACCUUGCCUUCAAGGUGCCCCAGGUAACUGUAACCCUGGGAGCCGGUCUAGAUACCAACGGUUUCUGCAAGGCCGGUGGAAGCAUUUUUGGAGUCUCAAUCGAAGCCAAGGUCGGUGUUGACCUUGGACUUGAAGGAUGGAAAGAGCUUGAUGGUGACAAGGAUAAACUGUUCGACGUCACCCUCUUCAAAAAGGACGACCUUUAUACUUUCCCACGCAUCUGCUUAUCCGUUGACAAGCUGUCUCCUGGGUACUGCUAUGCGGAAGAGGCAGAUGAGGACUACGACAAAACUAAAGAUGAUGAAGAAGGUGAACUGAAGAGGAGGGGCAGGGCGAUUGCCAUCAGAAAUAUCAGAUUUGACUUGGCCUCGCGACAAGCUCCCGGCGAUCGUAAAUAUUACGCCCUUUGUGACUCCUCAAAGGCCAACACAAUUCCAGUCCUGCAAUACCAUGGCCCCACGGAAUUGAAGGACAAUGUCAAGAUUCCAAUCAUAGUACCUGAAGUCCCUUGCCCCGACAAUUCGGAAGACUGCGAGCCAGACACUAGCAUCACAAUCUUACAAGGUGACGAUACUGCGGAUGAACGUGCUAUUGUGCAAACUGACAACGCAGACGGGGACUACACCAAGAGAAAAUGGGCCACGGAGCAUAUCUACGAAGCUAACUGGAUCCGAGGAUAUCUCGAUUUCCUCCAAAAGAAGUUCAACAAUGGCAACGCUGGUGGUACGUGCGACGCGGCCAUAAUUAACUCGUUCUUCAAAGUCAAACCAGUCAACAUGCCACAUCCUCCCCAAGCCAGUGCUCCAGAGACAUAUAUCAUGGCCUUGAUGCAGCAAAUGGGCACCAUCUACACAGAGGAAGAGAGGAUGGCCGUUCUUCCAAUGAAACAGAAUAACCUCAAGUUUGCCAUGUUUGCCGACCGGAAGAAGCCAAAGAAUCUGAUUACUUGGUUCAAGAAGGGUGCCCAUCAAGGCGAUACUAUUACCCACCACCGACGGAGCUGUGGCCUUGCCCGCAUUGUCGCAACUUGCAAAUAUAUGAACGAGCCCGUCAUCCGCAAUGGCCUCGUUGCAACAAUCAAGGGUGUCGAAGCCAUCUUGGAGGCAAUGGACAAUCACGACGAUGCCAAGCGCGCAAAUUUCUCAUUCAAGGCCGCUCACAAGGAGUUCAUUGUGGAUCUCUACAAGGAGGCCAUCAAAUAUACGCGCGAGAAAUUGAAGGAAUACGCACUAUUUAUGGAGCAGGAUAGCGGCGCGAUGGACAAGCUGCCCGACGACAUUGAGGAUCAGGUCGAGGAGAUUGCAGCUGCUGACGUAGAUAAUGAUAAUGCCUGGAAGAAGUAUUGCCCGGCUGACUUUAAGCAUGAUUGGUGA